UAAAACAAUUUGAGAAUGGGAAUCCACCCAUACCACAAUAUGUCUGACAAAAGAGUUACAUGCAGAGCACAAUGUUCAAAGUUUUUGUUUUCUGUGAUUUUAUUUAAUUUUAUGAAUAAUUUUUUCUAUAAACAAACAGUAUUUGCAGAAAACAAAACUUUGUUGUUCUGGAAAUUACUCAUUUGUCGAGAUAUUGUGGUAUGGGUGGAUUCUCAUUCUCAAUUUGUUUUUAUCUGGCAAACCUUCUCAUUGAAUUUCAAUGUACUAUCAAUUUUCAAAACUGUUUGUUGUUUGCUAUCUAAAUUUGUAUUUUUGUUAAUCAAAUCUCAAUAAACUAAUGCAUAUAUUUAAGUUUUGAUGUGUUUUGAUUGAUUAUACACAAAUUCAAAUACGUAACUCUGUGUGUGUAUAUAUAUAUAUAUAUAUUUGGUUUAUGACUGCUAUCUAUUUUACACUUUCUUACCUUUUAAGAAGCUUUUAUCUUUGAACCUUUCCCUAAUCAAUCAUGGCGACCAUGGAUGAAGAGGAAUCAUCCUUCACUCUUCCUCUCAUUGAAGUUGAUGAAAAUAAACAAGCUUUAGUAACCAAACUAGAGGAAAUUGAACCAAAUUCAUCCCAUUCAUGUUCAACAACUAACUCUUUCUUCAAAACCUGUUUCAAUGGGCUUAAUGCUCUUUCAGGAGUCGGGAUAUUAUCAACCCCAUAUGCACUAGCAUCAGGAGGAUGGUUAAGCUUGAUUCUUCUUUUCGCCAUUGCCACUGCUGCAUUCUUCUCUGGCUUAUUAAUCCAAAGAUGCAUGGAUUCGGAUUCGAAUAUCCGAACUUAUCCUGACAUCGGCGAGCUUGCAUUCGGGAAGAAAGGAAGAUUGAUAGUCUCCAUUUUCAUGUACAUCGAGCUUUACUUAGUUGCUACAGGAUUCUUGAUUUUAGAAGGAGAUAAUCUUCAAAAUUUGUUCCCAAACAUGGAAUUUGAAGUUGGUCAAGGACUAACAAUUGGUGGGAAACAAGGGUUUAUCAUAAUAGUAAGCCUCAUAAUAUUGCCCACAGUUUGGUUAGAUAACUUGAGCCUUCUUUCAUAUGUGUCAGCCAGUGGGGUAUUAGCUUCUGGAAUCAUACUUGGUUCCAUUAUAUGGACUGGUGCGUUUGAAGGGAUUGGGUUUCAACAAAAGGGAACAUUGGUCAAUUGGGAUGGAAUGUUGACUGCUAUCAGCUUAUAUGCUUUCUGCUAUUGUGCACAUCCAGUUUUCCCUACACUCUACACUUCUAUGAAGAAAAAACAUCAGUUCUCCAAUGUAUUAGUUGUAUGCUUUAUCUUGUGUACCAUCACGUAUGCAUCAAUGGCAAUCUUCGGGUACUUAAUGUUCGGACCACAAAUUCAAUCACAGGUAACAUUGAAUCUUCCAGCAAGCAUCAGUUCAAAAGUGGCCAUCUACACGACCUUGGUGAACCCCAUAGCCAAAUACGCAUUGAUGGUUACUCCAAUCGUUAAUGCCAUUAAAACCCGGUUUUCAUGUCAUUACAACCUACGAUUCCUCAGCAUCCUCAUCGGCACCAACUUGUUGAUCAGCACCGUUCUUGUGGCACUAGCGAUUCCAUUCUUUGGUUCACUGAUGUCCCUGGUGGGAGCACUUUUAAGUAUCACUGCUUCUAUAAUACUACCAUGCUUAUGCUACUUGAAGAUUUCAGGUAUUUAUCGAAGAUUCAAUGGCCAAUUAGUUGGUAUAUGCCUUAUAAUUAUAGUGGGAGUUUGUCUGGUAAUUUUUGGCACUUACACAUCUGUUUUAGAUAUCAUAGGAAAUUUCUAAAUGCCAAUGACUUAAACCCGAAGUUUAGUUUGAUUA